AUGCGCUGUGGGCUCACGUGGGCUAUGGGCUUUGAUCGUGGUUGGUGUAAGCGCUCUCGCGGCAAAGACAGUCCCUUGAAAAUUGUCCAAUUCACCUCGCACACCCUGUGGCAGUCCACGAAGGUGCCAGGACACCCGUGGCAUAUUCGACACUGUGUGAAGAGGCCAGACUCCCCUGUCCCCAGCUGUGUGAGAAGGCCAGACUCCCCUGUCCCCAGCUGUGUGAGAAGGCCAGACUCCCCUGUCCCCAGCUGUGUGUCCAUGAAGAGUGACCAGUCCAUGGAUAAACCACUGCGUUUUGGAAAAGGAGACUCCUCUGAUCAGAAUCCACUUGAUGUGAAGAGGCCAGACUCCCCUAGACCAGGCUCCUCUGUCCCCAGCUGUGUGUCCAUCAAGCGUGACCAGUCCAUGCAUCAAACAAUAAAGUUUGGAGCAGGAGACUCCUCAGAUCAGAAGGAGCAUAAAAUCCUGCUGAAGGAGACAUUUCAGUGUUUGACUGAGGGAAUCCCCAAACAGGAUAACCCCACACUCCUCAAUGAUAUCUACACAGAGGUCUACAUCAUAGAGGGGGGCAGUGGAGAAGUCAAUGAUGAACACGAGGUCAGACAGAUUGAGGCAGCAUCCAAGAGAUCAGCUAUACAUGACAAACCAAUCAAAUACAAUGACAUCUUUAAACCCUUACCUGGACAAGAAAAGGAAAUUAAAACUGUGAUGACAAAGGGAGUGGCUGGCAUUGGGAAAACAGUCUCUGUGCAGAAGUUCAUUCUGGACUGGGCUGACGAAAGAGCCAAUCAGGAUGUCCACUUCAUAUUUCCUCUUCCUUUCCGUGAUUUUAACUUAGUGCAAGAGGACCAUCUCAGUUUAGUUGGUCUGAUUAAACGAUUCUUUGGUGACAUAAAUAAUUUCAGCAUUUUCACUGAUGACGAAUACAAAGUGCUGUUCAUCUUUGAUGGCCUGGAUGAGUGUCGGAUUCCUCUGAAUUUCAACUCCAACCCAAAGUGUUGUGAUGUAACAGAAGCAACCACAGUGUCUACUUUACUGACCAACCUCAUCAAGGGGAAUCUGAUGCCAUCUGCUCUCCUCUGGAUCACUUCCAGACCAGCAGCAACCAAUCAGAUCCCUCCUGAGUGUGUGGACCAGGUGACAGAGGUACGGGGGUUCAAUGACCCCCAGAAGGAGGAGUACUUCAGGAAGAGAGUCAGUGAUGAGGACAUUGCUAACAGAACCAUCACACACCUGAAGUCAUCCAGGAGCCUCUUCAUCAUGUGCCACAUUCCUGUCUUCUGCUGGAUUGCAGCCACUGUGCUAGAGAUAAUGUUGAGGGAAAGAAACACAGGAGAGAUCCCCAAGACUCUCACUCAAAUGUACACACACUUCCUGAUGAUUCAGACAGAAGUCAAACAGAAAUAUACAGAAAGAGAAGACACAGAUAAAGGGAUGAUUUUCAAACUGGGGAAACUUGCUUUUCAGCAGCUGCAGAAGGGAAAUCUGAUCUUCUAUGAGGAGGACCUGAGAGAGUGCGGCAUUGACAUCACAGAGGCAUCAGUGUACUCAGGAGUGUGUACCCAGAUCUUCAGUGAGGAAGCCGGGCUGUACCAGGGGAAGGUGUUCUGCUUUGUGCAUCUCAGCAUUCAGGAGCAUCUUGCUGCAUUGUAUGUGCACCUCACUCUCAUCAUCCAAAAGGAAAAUGUUCUGAACCCAAUUACCCCAAGGCCAGACACAUUCAAAUCCAAGCUUACUCGAUUUUUUGUGUCUGAUGCAAAGGAGGGUGAUGAAGUGUCUGUGUACGAGCUGCACCAGAGAGCAGUAGAUCUGGCCUUACAGAGUGACAACGGACAUCUGGACCUUUUCCUCCGCUUCCUCCUGGGCCUUUCCCUCUGGUCCAAUCAGAAUCUAUUGAGAGCCCUGCUGCCACAGGCAACCAUCCAAUCACAGAGCACAGAAGAAACUGUCCACUACAUUAAGAAGAAGAUCAGGAAAAAUCCCUCAACAGAGAAAUGCAUGAAUCUGUUCCACUGCCUCAAUGAGCUGAAUGACAAGUCCCUAGUGGAGGAAAUCCAGAACUACCUGAAGACAUCAGGAGGUCUAAAGGAAGCCAAACUCUCCUCUGCACAGUGGUCAGCUGUGGUGUUUGUGCUGCUGACCUCAGAUCAGCAGCUGGAUGAGUUUGACCUGCAUGAAUAUGGCGGAUCAGAGGAAUGUCUGCUGGGGCUGAUGCCUGUGGUCAAGGCCUCCAGAUCAGCAAGGCUGUGUUACUGUGAGCUGACAGAGAACAGCUGUUCCUCUCUGGCUUCAGCCCUCAGCUCAGGCUCAAGUCUCAAACAGUUGGACCUGAGUAGGAAUAAUCUGCAGGACUCUGGAGUGGCACUUCUUAGAUCUGCAUUAGGAAAUCCACUCUGUCAACUGGAGACACUGAAGCUGCGGGGCUGUCAGCUGACAGGGAAAAGCUGUUCCUCUCUGGCUGCUGCCCUCAGCUCAGGCUCAAGUCUCAGACAACUGGACCUGAGUAUCAACUCUAAUAUACAGGACUCUGGAGUGGCACUUCUUAGUGCUGCAUUAGGAAAUCCACUCUGUCAACUGGAGAUACUAGAGCUGUCUCUGUGUAAGCUGACAGGGGAAAGCUGCUCCUCUCUGGCUUCAGUCCUCAGCUCAUGCUCAAGUCUCAGACAGCUGGAUCUGAGUUACAAUAAUCUGCAGGACUCUGGAGUGGCACUUCUCAGUGCUGCAUUAGGAAAUCCACUUUGUCAACUGGAGAUAUUAACGCUGUGGGAUUGA